UCUAAUUUUUCUUACCUCAAUUUGCAGCUUCAACAAUGGCGGUCGAAUCAAACCAAACCCACGAGUUCAUUUUCCGAUCAAAGCUUCCCGAUAUUCACAUUCCCAAUCAUCUUCCACUCCACGAAUACGUUUUCCAAAACAUGUCCAAAUUUGGCUCACGCCCCUGUUUGAUCAACGGCGCCACCGGCGACGUUUACUCAUACCACGACGUUCAGCUAAUGUCCCGUCGUGUCGCUGCUGGUUUACACAAUCUCGGAAUUAAAAAGAGUGAUGUCGUCAUGAAUUUACUUCCCAAUUCCCCGGAGUUUGUCUUUACCUUCCUCGCCGCCUCGUACUGUGGAGCUGUUAUGACGGCGGCGAACCCCUUUUACACGGCGGUGGAAAUAGCCAAACAGGCCAAAGCCGCCAAUGCCAAAUUGAUUGUGACGAUGGCUUGCUUUUACGAUCGGGUUAAGGAUUUGGCGGAAAAUGGGGUGAAAAUUGUUUGUGUUGAUUUUGCUGUUGAGGGUUGUCUGCAUUACUCUGUUUUGAGUGGGGCGGAUGAAUCCCACGUGCCGGCGGUGGAGUUUGCCGCUGACGAUGUGGUGGCGCUGCCGUAUUCCUCCGGCACUACUGGUUUGCCGAAGGGAGUUAUGUUAACGCAUAAAGGGUUAAUCACAAGCGUUGCUCAACAAAUCGACGGCCAAAAUCCGAAUCUCUAUUAUCACGGCAGUGAUGUUAUCCUCUGUGUACUGCCGUUCUUCCACGUCUAUUCACUGAACUCGAUUUUACUGUGUGGCCUACGCGCCGGCGCUGCGAUUUUGAUAAUGCAGAAAUUCGAGAUCCUUUCGCUUUUGGAAUUGAUUGAGAAACACAAAGUUUCAAUCAUGCCGAUUGUUCCGCCCAUUUUCUUGGCCAUUGCUAAGUCGCCGGAAUUUGAGAAAUAUGACGUGUCAUCGGUGAGGGUUUUAAAAUCCGGUGGAGCGCCGUUGGGGAAGGAGCUGGAAGACGCUGUGAGAGAGAAAUUUCCAACGGCGGUUCUCGGGCAGGGAUAUGGAAUGACGGAGGCCGGUCCGGUUUUGACAAUGAGUUUAGCUUUUGCGAAAGAGCCGUUUCCAGUGAAAGCCGGCGCCUGUGGGACGGUGGUCCGUAAUGCAGAGAUGAAAAUCGUUGACCCAGAAACCGGCGCCUCGUUGCCGGCGAACUCCGCCGGAGAGAUUUGUAUUAGAGGGGAACAGAUCAUGAAGGGAUAUUUGAAUGAUUUGGAGUCCACGAAGAGGACCGUUGACAAAGAAGGAUGGCUUCACACCGGCGACAUCGGCUUCGUCGACGACGACGACGAGCUGUUCAUAGUGGAUCGGCUUAAGGAGCUCAUCAAAUUCAAGGCCUUUCAAGUGGCGCCAGCCGAGCUCGAGUCGCUUCUUAUCACUCACCCCAAACUCUCCGACGCGGCGGUCAUUGGUAUGCCGGACGAGCAGGCCGGAGAAGUGCCGGUGGCGUUUGUGGUGAAGGCGAACGGCGGCGCAAUAACAGAGGAAGACGUAAAGCAAUUCAUAUCAAAACAAGUGGUGUUCUACAAGAGGCUAAAACGUGUGUUCUUCGUCAACGCCAUUCCAAAGGCGCCAUCUGGCAAAAUCCUGAGAAAAGAACUCAGAGCAAAACUUGCUUCUGGGGCUUUCAAUUAAUUUAAUUACCAAAUUACCCAAAUAUUAACACACCAAUUAUUAUUUCUUUU